AUUUGCAGAGUCCAACCUCCUGAUUAUAUUCUAAGGAAUUUAAAAAACACUAGCAAGUUUUUCAAGUUUGUUGGGAGCAUCAACCAUGAUGACAGAGACCAGACUCACAAAUGCAAUUGCAGCAUGUAUCAGGUUUUGACUGAAGAAGAAUAUGCAGCUAGGGAAUCGAAAAAGCCUUCUAUAGGAAAGGAGUACUUCAACCAUAUGAACCUUGAAGCAAUUGUCACGAAGUACCCUUACAGGAAGAAUUUGUCAGAGGAAGAAUUCCAUAAAGAAAGUCAAAUACGAUUAGCUCUUAUUGAUUUCUUAAAAGGGCUCGUUGAAUUUGAUCCGGAUAAAAGGUGGUCACCUUUGCAGGCUUCAAAGCACCCUUUUAUUACUGGGGAACCUUUCACAUGCCCUUUUAAACCUGCUCCAGAGACACCUUACAUGCCCGUUUCUCAAAAUGUUAAGGUGGACCACCAUCCUGCUGGGGGUCAUUGGAUUGCCACUGGUCUGUCUGUUAAUAAUCAAUCAGGAAGAAACAGAGCUAUGAUACCCAGCAGCCCACAUUACCAAUUUAUGCCACAUGUGCAUCCAGGUAGUUAUGGUAGCUUGGGAAGCCAUGGGAGCUACAAUGAUGGCCUGGGGCUUGGAAGCAGUUAUGGAAGUUUUGGUGACAACAACAAUUUCCAUGCAUUUUAUUCUCCGGCAGGUCCUUCUGGAAUGAAUCUCUAUGCACAAAGUGGUAACUCAUUUCUUGGGAAUAGUCCUGAUACUAGGCGCAUGAUGCAACUACCACACGGCGGUGGAAUUGGUUUUAGCCCUGGAAAUUUUGCGCCUAUGUCCCUUGGUUCUAGCCCUUCCCAAUUUACUCCUCCUAGCUCCUAUAGUCAGAUUUCAGCAGGUUCGCCCAGACAUUACGGUCCUCCUUCUCCUGUAAGAGGAAGUUGUCAUGGAUCUCCUUUAGGAAAGAUGGCAUCAGGAAACCAUCACCACAGAAGAAAGAAUUGGUCUCGUCAUGGAAAUUUACAUUCCCAAGAGACUGCAUCGUCUUCUAACUGUCAAGGAAAUGCCAUCGAUAUGAACUUCUGCCAGCCUGAGGGGAACUCUCAGGUAUUUGUAGGCUCUCCAUCUCAUCGACAGCCCAACUUAAAUGCAUCAGCAUGGAGACCACCCCAAGGAGGGAGGAAUGUAGCAUCAAAGCACUCCUCUUCACACAUGCAACUAAUCCAAGGGGGUGCAGUUGAAAAGCAUGAGGCUAAUAACUCACUGCCUGAUCCUGGAGACUGGGAUCCCAAUUAUAAUGAAGAACUUCUUUUGCAAGAGGAUAGUUCAGAUGUGCACAGCAUGACAAAUCAAUUUAUCAAGGGGAUGGACUUGCGACCACCUUCAAUGUCCAUUGAACCGUUGAUUGGAGCUGGAAAUUCAAGUCAGGUCUCCAGUGCUGCUCUUUCAGUGCAAAGGCACGAAGGGCCUAUUCAGUCUUUUUCUCUUGGCGAAGCAGGGAGCAAUCCUCCAAUCCAUGGUUAUGUCCACACAACAUAUUCAACGCCUCAUUUGGCGCUGAAUUCUCCCAGCCGCUUGGGGCAGCAGCCAGUUCAGCGGCACAACAUAGGGAGAUCAGCUCAAUUUCAUGACGGAGGACAUAGAGGAAGCUACUCGGUCUCCAAUGCACCUCAUGGAAGAAAAGAUUACAGAAGGAAUGCAUAAUGUAAAGUGUUAUGAUGAGAUGAGGAGGAGAAAUCAUUAUUUAUAUGUUAGCAUUCCAUUUCCUGCAACUUGUAUUUUUUUCCUUUUUAAACACAUUUUUUUCCUUGAGAGUUUAUUGAGAAAAGAAUGACUUUCGACGUGGCUCUCUGGUUUGAAAUGGGUAAAAGAAAGAAAUUGUUUUUGGGGAUUGAUAUAGAUAUAAGACAAAUGGGUUAUUUAUCAUUUUUGUUAAA